AUGGGGAUGGUCGAAAAAGUUGAGACUUCAAAAUUUAAGAGGGUUUGUGUUUUCUGUGGAAGCAGUUCUGGGAAGAGAGACUGCUAUAGAGAUGCUGCCAUUGAGUUAGGGCAAGAGCUGGUGUCUAGAAGACUGGAUCUUGUUUAUGGAGGAGGAAGUAUUGGUUUAAUGGGGUUGGUUUCUCAAGCUGUUCACCGAGGAGGAGGACAUGUUCUUGGGUACGAUAUUAACCAGUUCAAGCCUUAG